UGGGUAGCGGCGGGCGGCUCCUCCUCCUUCUUGCCGGGCGCAGCAUGGCGGUCAAGGUGCAAUCAACCAAAAGAGCGGAUCCCGCUGAACUGCGGAAUAUUUUUUUGAAGUAUGCCAGUGUUGAGCAAGAUGGUGAGCAUUACAUGACCCCAGAAGAUUUUGUGCAGAAAUAUCUAGGACUUUAUACAGAUCCACGUUACAAUCCUAAAACAGUGCAGCUGUUGGCUGGAGUGGCAGAUCAGACUAAGGAUGGGUUGAUUUCCUAUCAAGAAUUUUUGGCAUUUGAAUCUGUUUUGUGUACUCCAGAUGCAUUAUUCAUUGUUGCUUUUCAGUUAUUUGACAAGAGUGGCAAUGGAGAAAUAACAUUUGCAAAUGUCAAAGAAAUAUUUGAACAAAGUGUUAUUCAUCUUCAAAUCCCCUUCAACUGGGACUGUGAGUUCAUUCGACUGCAUUUUGGACAUAACAGGAAGAAGCACCUUAACUAUUCAGAGUUCACUCAGUUUAUUCAGGAGCUGCAUUCAGAACAUGCAAGACAAGCUUUUGCACUGAAGGACAAAAAUAAAAGUGGUAUGAUAACUGGGCUAGACUUCAAUGACAUCAUGGUUACCCUUCGGUCGCAUAUGCUAACUCCUUUUGUGGAAGAAAAUUUAGUUUCAGCUGCUGGUGGAACUGUUUCACAUCAGGUCAGCUUCUCCUAUUUCAAUGCAUUUAACGCCCUUUUGAAUAACAUGGAUCUCGUCAGGAAGAUAUACAGUAACAUAGCAGGUACAAGAAGAGAUGUUGAAGUCACAAAAGAGGAAUUUAGCCACUCUGCAAUCCACUUUGGACAAGUUACACCACUGGAAAUAGAUAUUCUGUACCAACUUGCAGAUUUAUACAAUGUUACUGGGCGCUUAACUUUGUCAGAUAUUGAGAGAAUAGCACCGCUGGCUGAAGGUGCGUUACCUUACAACUUGGCAGAACUCCAGAGACAGCAAUCUUUUGGAGAGUUAGGCAGGCCUAUCUGGCUCCAGGUAGCUGAAUCAGCUUACAGGUUCACUUUGGGGUCAGUUGCUGGAGCUGUUGGUGCUACUGCAGUGUAUCCCAUAGAUCUGGUGAAAACUCGUAUGCAGAAUCAGCGCUCCAGCGGUUCAGUCGUAGGAGAGUUGAUGUAUAAAAACAGCUUUGACUGCUUUAAAAAGGUUUUGCGUUUUGAAGGCUUUUUUGGUCUUUACAGAGGCUUGUUACCACAGCUGAUAGGUGUUGCUCCAGAAAAGGCUAUUAAGCUAACUGUUAAUGACUUUGUCAGAGACAAAUUUACUAAGAAAGAUGGUUCCAUUCCACUCCCCGCAGAGAUCCUUGCUGGAGGCUGUGCAGGAGCUUCCCAGGUCAUCUUCACUAAUCCUCUGGAGAUUGUAAAGAUUCGGUUGCAGGUAGCAGGAGAAAUUACUACAGGACCCAGAGUCAGUGCCCUCUCUGUUAUAAAAGACUUGGGCCUUCUUGGUCUUUAUAAGGGUGCCAAAGCGUGUUUCCUCAGAGACAUUCCCUUUUCUGCAAUCUACUUUCCUGUUUAUGCUCAUAGUAAACUGAUGCUUGCUGAUGAAAAUGGCCAUGUGGGAGGGCUUAAUCUCCUUACAGCUGGAGCCAUUGCAGGUGUGCCUGCUGCUUCUUUGGUAACCCCUGCUGAUGUCAUCAAGACAAGACUGCAAGUGGCAGCUCGCGCUGGUCAGACAACAUACAGUGGAGUUAUUGACUGCUUUGGGAAGAUUCUGAGGGAAGAAGGCCCUUCAGCUUUUUGGAAGGGAGCAGGAGCUCGUGUGUUCAGAUCUUCACCCCAGUUUGGCGUUACUUUGGUCACUUACGAACUUCUGCAGAGAUGGCUCUAUGUGGAUUUUGGAGGCCUCAAACGUUCUGGAUCAGAACCUACCCCAAAGACUCGAAUUUCGGAUCUGCCUCCCGUUAACCCUGAGCAUAUCGGUGGAUACAGACUUGCCACAGCUACAUUUGCCGCUCCUAAACUGGACAGUGUGGCUCCCAGGAUGAUCAUUUACAGUACCUAGCAUCACCACUGGUCUCUUAAUGUUGCAGCUGUCUCCUUGCAGGACUGCUGCCAGGAACCUAGAGAGCUCCAUGCCACCUGACUGAAGUUUAUGAGGUUUCUGAAGUAGCUUACAUCAGAGCACCACCUUGUGUCAAGGACCACGAAGCAAGCCACUCAACUAUCUAGUUAAAUUACCUUAGUUGUCCAAAGCUUUACUGUCCAGUCAAAAGAAGAGGUGACAAAAAGAUGUGAGAAGUCUACAGGUCCAACUGCUGCAUGGCAGUUGAUACCUGUGAUUGGUCCCUGGUGUCCUUCAAACAUCUCACUGAUCCCAGCUUUGCUGUUUUAGAAUAUAUAACCAAGGUUAAUUUAUCUGGAAACCAUGCAUCUGCAGACAAAGAUAGCACUGAAAUGCAAUUUAAAUAUAGCCACAAGAAGACUUUGCUGCUUUGUAUGGAUGUCACCCCACUGCAAAAGGCUUCAUCACAACAGGAUCACGGAAGAUCAGGCUCAAAUAUGGACCUUAACUUCAACAUCUAGUUUCUGCUAACCUGAAGUGCCAAAAUAUAUCACAGGGAGAAAAGACUCAUUCAGCAGGUACCAAUCCACACAUUUAACUACAUUGUUCUCCAAGCAAUAGCUAAAACUUCCAUUCAUACAAAGAACAAAAUCCAGUCCCCAGGAAUGGGCAUAAAACUCCCACUGACUUAAGAGAAGUUGCAUGUACCUCAUGGACAGAGUGUUCAGACAUAAAUCAGUGACAAUAUAUCCCUAAUAGCCUCCUAUCAGAAGCGAUGAAAAAGAAAGGGGGAACAGAUGGGAAGGAUGUUACACAAAAGUGAUACAAUUUUGGGUAUUUUGGAACCAAAAAGCUGUGGCAGCAAGGGUGAUGUGUAUUUGAGAUGAAACCUGGACACUCAAUUAUAUUUAAGAAAGCAAUUGAUAAGAUAUAGUCAGACAAUUUCAAACCAGAUUGAACAGCAGGAGAAGAGCCAGCCAAUUUAAGAUUGGUGCGUGACGUUACUGUACAAUUAUCCAGAGAACGGAUCCGAAGUUUGGAAUGUUCUGCUACAAUUCAAAUGAAUAAAAUCACAGUGAGCUACGCUGCCCUCGUCAACACAAACAACUCCUCGUCACCGAGGGCAGCUCAGUACUAAUUCAAGAGUCCAAAUUCUCGUUACAAUGAAGCCUUACUCAGGAAUAAGUGCACACUGGAAUUCAUACACAGCUAUUCUCAACUCCUUCGAGACAAAGGAAUAAAUACACACAAUAAAUAACCUUAAAAAACCAUAAA